AUGUGCCCCAACCGCUCAACCACGUACCUAUUGAACCUUUCUGGCACGCCGUUCACGGUAGCAGAGAAGGAGAACAUGUUCACAGUCAUAGGAGUCAAUGCGCUCGGCUUAAUGGCCGGUUCAAGGCAAUCUGCCAUCUACGUGAUCGGGUGCCAGACGGAGAGCUCUCCUCCUGAAAACCUAACAGCACAAGAGGGGUGCACUGGUGUAGGCUGCUGCCAGGUUGCGCUUAGUAGCAAAUUGUCCUACCACAAUAUUUCCUUGUUUGAUGAUACAUCCGACAAGAACACAAGUGCCAUUGAAGACACAAAGCACUGUAGAUAUGCCAUGGUGGUGGAGGCAGAGAAAUUUAAGUUCGACACAGCGUAUCUGAACACGACGACCUUCUGGGAUGAGCAAAAUGGUGAAGUCCCAACUAUUCUAAACUGGGCCGUGAGCAACAAAACUUGUGAUGUUGCCACGAAGGAUGCAGCUUCCUAUGCCUGCCGUAGCAGCAACAGUGAGUGCAUUAAUUCGACCAGUGGUCUCGGUUAUCUUUGCAACUGCUCUGAAGGCUACAAAGGCAAUCCUUACCUUCAUGAUGGAUGUCAAGACAUCGACGAGUGUGCCCUUAGUCCAUCUCCAUGCCCUGGGGGUUGCGUCAACAGACAAGGUAGUUUCGACUGCAGGCGUGGUGGCUUGUCACCCUCUGGCACAUCGAUACUAUCUAUUGGAAUAAGCAUCACUGUUGCCAUACUGGCCAUAGCCAUCACUUGCUCAUAUUUGACCCGUGAAAGGAGGAAACUGGCCAACAUCAAGGAGAGAUACUUUCGACAACAUGGGGGUCUGCUGCUUCUGGAGCAGAUAAGCACAGGGCAAGGCACUACAUUCACAAUCUUCACAGAAGCAGAGCUCAUGGAGGCAACAGACCAAUUCGACGACAAGAAUGUUCUUGGUCGCGGCGGCCAUGGGACUGUCUACAAAGGCACACUCAAGAACAGCACUCUGGUCGCGAUCAAACGGUGUGUAUCAAUGACAGAUGAGCAGCGCAGGAAGGAGUUUGGCAAGGAGAUGCUCAUUCUGUCCCAGGUCAACCAUAAGAAUAUCGUGAAGCUCCUAGGAUGCUGCCUCGAAGUAGAGGUCCCGAUGCUAGUCUACGAGUUCAUCCCCAACGGCACACUAUUCCAUUUCAUCCAUGCUGGCAGCGGGUGCUGUGACGCCCCGUUCUCAACUCGGUUACGGACUGCCCAUGAAUCUGCCCUAGCAUUGGAUUACCUGCAUUCAUGUGCGUCACCGCCAGUCCUUCACGGUGAUGUGAAAUCCUCCAACAUACUUCUUGAUGACAAGUACUCCGCGAAGGUAUCAGACUUUGGAGCCUCCAUAGUGGCACCGACCGACGAGUCCCAAUUCGUCACUCUGGUGCAAGGGACCUGCGGGUACCUGGACCCUGAGUACAUGCAGACAUGCCAGCUUACAGAUAAGAGCGACGUCUAUAGCUUCGGCGUCGUUCUUCUGGAGCUGAUCACUGGCAAGAAGGCGCUCAACCUCGAAGGGCCCGAGAGCCAGAGGAGCCUCUCCGUGAGCUUUCUGUGUGCGCUGGAUGGGAGGCUGCUGGACGUGAUAGAUGACCGCAUCAAGGGUGAAGAGAACGUUGGGCUGCUGGAGGAGGUCGCUGACCUCGCGAAGCAGUGCCUAGAGAUGGCUGGCGAGAACCGACCAGCCAUGAGAGACGUCGCUGAGAGGCUCGGCAGAUUGAGUAGAGUGACACAGCACCCGUGUAUGCAGCGUGACCCCGAGGAGAUGGAGAGCUUGCUCGCUGUCAGAGAGCCUGUUGCUGUUACUCGACUGUUCAUUGUCUCUUUUGUUACUCCUGAGGAAUUAUACAUUUAUGCCUCCCUUGUCCAUUCUCCCUUGUUCAAAGGAAUAUUAUAUACUAAUGCGUAG